AUGUCGUCGCGCCGAACAGACCGGAUUCUAGGUACGAGAUUGCCGGAAUUGAAGUCUCCAACAGACAAUAUCAUGACCUCGCCACAGAAAAGGUCACCAGCUCUCGGUUAUUCUGGAAUUGCAUCUUCCAAGUCGUAUCUUCCAGCGCCAAUCAACUCUCCAACAGAGCGUGGAAGUGAGUCUCGGGCGACUAUUCGCCAGGCAGAACCAUUAAUUGUCCGACCUGUGACAAAGGCUUCGCGAUCCCAGUCCAGUGAUGAAGAACGCCCAUCAGGAUUGCCCCGACUGACUGGCAAUAACCCAACCUAUAGGCGUCCUUCGGCACCUUCAUUGACCUCCAACCGUCCAGAGAUUUACCAGGUUCCGGCUGCUCCCAAUAAACCGAUACCAAUGGAGUCUGUCCAUUCAGAUGUGGCCAAGCCUAGGAGUACUAAAGAUGAUCGCCCACGAAAUGUUCUUCGCAGAAAAGCAAAUUUCAGGAGACGCGACGAUCCAAUAGGACAGUCAAAUGUUGAUGGCAAAGUAGCAGAAGUCCUCACCACGGUUUCCCCGGCUCAAUAUAUCGCUCAACCAGAACAUAGUAUAGGUAUCCUUACUCCAAAUAUCCAGGGUAUAUCGUAUUCAGAGGAUUCUUCCAAUGUCCCAACAAAACUACCGAGAGUCAAAAUCCCAAAGGCAACCGAUAAUGUCCCAAUUCAACAAAUACCGAAGGAAUUCAUUGGCUUGAGGACUACGAUAAAUACAAGCAAUCUUCCGCCACCGCCGACGCCUAUCUUCACAUCAGCAAGUAGCCCCUCAACUCGCUACUCUGAAUCUCCCGGUAUGUGGAGCAGUCGAGGCUCUACUCCGACGUCUCUGUCUUCUUACUCCCCAGGCAUAACUCAACCCGCAACGACUGGUUACAGAUUCAAGCAACAGAGCCCUAUUCAGAUACGUCAGACAGCUGGGCUUCGAAUGACAACGACACCAGUAUCACAGAUAGACAGUGAUGAGCCCACCAUUUUAGGCCCAAUAGCUACUGAUGUUUACACGAGAACCCCGAAAGCUGAAGCAUUACCCAUGCAGCAGGCAAAUCAGGAGCCAGUGCCUCAGACAAGCUCACGAGCGGAAUACCAACUAGCGAAAUCACCGCAAAUUUCUCAGAAGUCUCGAAAUGGAAGCUACGACGAACAAGACAAUGUGGAUAAUCCACCGGAUUCCAAAUCUGUCAGUAAUGGCAGUUUGUUUAAACCUCGUCGACCAAGCCGUGAUGGAACAGACAAAUUAGAACAAACUGUUUCCCCCGUCAUUAGGAGCAAUUUGCCUGCCCUCCGGGCAACUACCACUCAUGCACGGCGUGCAUCAGCAGAGAAGAUUAACUCACCGGAGCGUCUGCGUGUUGCUCCUUUCAAAUCAGCUGCUGCUUCUGUGGAAUCUUUUCAAUCGAACGUGUCAGCUCGUACUCCGUCUCGCAAUGACAGUACUCAGAUUCCACGAAAGGCUCCCCGGACACUGGUCAAGUCUCCGAAAGAGUCCAAGAGUUAUGAAAAUACAAACUCAACGAACAAAUACAAUAUCUUCAAUAAGAAGUCAAAGGUUGAACUUUCUUUCACUAAAUCUAAUCUAGAGGAAAAGGCCUCUCGUAAGGGGCCAGUAGCCGGAACCGGCCAUGAGGGUUAUGGAAAAUAUGCUCAACGAGGGCGCAAAUCUAGCGUUGGCAACACAAACGGCACCCGAGCACGAUCUACGAGCACUAAUGGUGGCACAUCGAUUGCUAGCAGUAAGGGUUCCAACCAUCAACAGCCGGACAUUGAUGACUUCUUUCUUGAGCGACUAGAACCUGUUGUUAUUAGUGGAGGUGGGAUGGAUCGUGAGCAGCUUUUUCGAACUCAGAGCGGUCAAAGCUCAAGUACACUGAGCGCCACAUCAGCAUCGGGUUCUUCAACGUUUAAUGGUGAACCACUUAUGAGGGGAUACUCUUCCGAAUCUCUGAGUUCCUCGCUAGACCAAGCCAAACCGGCUCCCUGGCUUUUCAGCUCCGACACGAGUCUCUCCCCCCAAGUUAGGAGAACGCAACACAUGAAAUCAAAGAAUACAAGAAAUGAACCUGCUCCUUCUGGGAUCCCUAGUUUCAAAAGAGAUGCAGCACGCGGUACCCAUGAGGUCUCAGAAGCUAACCAGGAUGCCAACUUCUCUGCGCUACCACCGAUUAGCAAAGUAGCUUCGAAAUCCAGUAGUACGACAUCGCCAAAGAUCUCAAAUACCAAGCCCAGCCGAAGGUGGAACUUUUUCCACAGGAGCCAGAAAAAUGAACAAAAUCAGUCGGCUCCAGUCCCUACCAGCAGCACUACCUCCACUGAAACUCAGCUUCAUGCGCAUGUUGCUCCCGUUGCUAAGUCUCGCCCUGUUGCUCACUACGCACUUAUUGAAGCUGAUUCAGAUUCUCUUGAGGAUAUCCUGCAUCGGGUGGAGGAGUCUCCUCCAAGUGAUGAUGAAGCAUUUUUGCAGGCGCAACUCGCCGAACCUACUGAACCGGCUCUAAAUGUACGUCACGGAACAAGUGUAUUGCUUCCGUCACCUCCCACGAUUUGGAAGGAAUUCACUGCAGAGGGCAUCAAUCCUUCACAAAACAGACCGGCAUCACCCAAAGUUUUCUUCCAGAAACAGGAUGAAAGCCCGGAGAAUAAGAGACGCAGCAGACUAGCACCAGUGGGACGGAUACCGCGUGUAGUAUCGAGUAGAGAUCGGGAACGUGAUCAUAAGCCUCCUUCUCAGUCGUAUUCCCGGCCGUUCAGUCGCGAUGAGGCGCCAUCUUUUACUAUUACAGCGGGUCCCCAGAGAGAUAUUCAAGAUAGGUAUGGUCGGUCAAAGCUCAGUGUUGAAACAGACCCUUUUUCACAGGGCCCUAUUUACUACUCACCACCUGGUGCUUCGGGUCCUUUCAGCGCUCCAGUGCUCAGUGAAAGUGCAAAAUUCAUGUCGGGCGCAUAUGCUACUGAUGAAUUUAUACGAUUUUCUCCACGAAAACAAUCCGAAGUUUCUAGCUCCACUUCAGAGGCGGAUUCUAUUCUAGCAACAGUGGCUUCAAUGGCUGCAAAGCCUAAUGCGAAUGAGUCUGAGGAGGAAAUAUGGGCCGAAUAUGAUGACCUCUUGGAUAUUAUGAUGGCUCCAAGUAGUAAGACAGAGCAGGAUUUUGGGACCAUGGGGCCAUUUGAGUUGGUGAAGAAAGCAAGCAAGACUCUACAAGCGGAGAUCAGUGGUUCGGAUACCAUACCACGUGUUUCUACUACUUCUGAUACACCUGAUGUUGCUUUUGCUACGCCACCUGCUCGGUCGAGUGAUGUGUCAGUUCGUCUACGCCGUUCUAAAAUUGCCGCUGCCCUGCACUCGCCGUCGCCGCAGGUAUCAUAUAAUGACCUUAUUGCUGAAUACUCAGAACCAAAUAAGAGUCUCUCUGAUGUCGCGCCUCCGGAGAGUUCUACAGAACCACCUGAGACGACAAGCCAAACACAGUCAGAUAAGGCUCAAUCUCCCACACCAACUAACACAACUGACUUCGAAACCACUCGUCGACGGAACACGAUGUUGUUUGACAUGGCUGAAAGAAUGCGAGAGGGUGCAGCAGCACAGACAAACCUUAGAUCUGCCUCUCUUAUGACGAGCAAAUGGCUCUCGUUUGGCCGUGUACUCUUCAGCCCGGCUCAUAAUCGCAUCCAAAAAAGCGAAUCAGAAUGCAUUUUGAUCAUCGAUGGACUUGGCAAUGACGACUGGUCGUACUACUGCGCACUGACUUAUCCAAAUGCCAACAUAUAUAAUUUAAGUAUACGGUCCGGGUCAUCUUCCUCUUCGCCUCAUCCAGAGGCAUGGAAGCCACCCUCGAACCAUCAUCUUAUUCAUCACACCGGUGUUGUCGACACUGCGUUCCCCUUCCCGAAAGGAUUUUUCUCGGCAUGCGUUAUCAGAUUUCCGGCGGCAUCUUCUGAGGAUGGACAAAGACACAUUUUAUCUGAAUGUAAAAGAGUGCUUCGGUAUGGUGGCUAUUUGGAAAUGAGUGUGUUGGAUUUGGACCUCGUGAACGUGGGCAAUAGGACACGGAAGGCAGUGAGAAAUCUUAAGGAGAAGAUCUAUCUUGCAGAUUCGAGUAUCAGUCUCAAACCUGCGAGUGAUAACUUCCAAAGACUGUUGGGGAUAUGUGGCUACGACAAUUUAAAUAGAUGCAUGGUCAGCAUUCCAGUAGCUGGCAUGAUUGGAGGAUCCACUGGCUCUUCCAACUCGAAUAAUACAUCUUCCGACAUACCAAGUGCGGGCACCGCAGUUUCAUCACCGCCAUCAUCUCUCAGAUCGCCGCCGCCGCAUGCGAGAACACCAUCAGAUGAAGCAGAGCCUUCACUCGGAGACUUACUGUCUGACCCGUCUCCAUCUGCUUCAAACGACGAGUCCAUCGCGAAGGUGGUGGCUAGGGUCGGACGAUGGUGGUACACACGUUCCUACGAAAUCCCAGUCCUUUCAGACCCAAAUAUUGACCAAAGCAUCUGGGCUGAGCGAAAGAUUUUGCGGGAGUGUCAAAAAAGUGGCACUGGAUUCAGGUUACUCAUUGCAUACGCUCAAAAGCCGAGUGAAAAACGAAGAACUGUUAGUUUAUGA